UGAAUUUGUUACCUGGCUUUGUUUGGCAGGCUAGAGUAGGCGGUAGUUUUAUACAUAUUUGUAAUAAAUUUCAAUGAAAAAGGAGCAAAAUUCUGGAUUGAUUUUAUCUGCAUAGUUUUGAAGGUACCUCUGUGUAGCAGACGUGUGCACUCAAAAUCCCAGUAGAUCCAUUUCGGAGGCGGCACAGGACAGAGCGCCAGAAUACAUGAUGGCUGAGCAAAUGGUGGUGAACACAACGUUGCCAAUGGCGGGGCGGCGCCUGGACCGGGAUGUUAACCGGCUGCUGGCCUCGGGCUACCGGACCACCGUGGAUGACAACAUGGCCAAUCUGGAUGUUUGCCUCGAGGGGCCACUGGGCAGCGCCUACGAGGGCGGCGUUUGGACAGUCAAUGUGACUAUGCCGCAGGAGUAUCCGCUGAAGGCGCCGCGCAUUCGCUUUGUCACCAAGAUCCUGCACCCAAACAUCGAGUUCAUCACGGGCCUGGUCUGCAUGAAUGUCUUGAAGCAGGCCUGGUCAUCCAGCUAUGACCUGGUCAACAUAUUCGAAACCUUUCUGCCACAGCUGCUGCGUCACCCGAAUCCGCACGACUCACUGAAUCACCGGGCCGCCGCCAUCAUGAAGCACUCGGAAAAACUAUUCCGUGAGCACGUCAUCCUUUGCAUGAAGACGUACGCCAUGCCCGCCAUCCUUCCGACACGACAACUGGUGGAGGAGGGACUCGAGAAACGUUCCUCGGAUCUCAGCCUAUCCGACCUGCUGACGGACUCGGAUGAUGACGAGGAUGGAAACGGGAACAACGCCCACAUCGCCCUGCCAGGAUCAAGCUAACUAUUGAGUAUUUGGAAGGUCUUUUUUGUGUCUGUGUAUGAGAAUAGUUUGUAUAUGGACAAAUAUAUCGAAAUUUGAAGUAUGA